CCGCGUCUCUGCUUGACGGCAUUCAGCAGCUUUAACUGUAAUAGGGCGCUGGACAUUGUAGGACUUCGUUUCAGCCCCAUUUAAAGCCAUGACGCUUUUCCAUUUCGGCAACUGUUUUGCCUUGGCGUAUUUCCCAUACUUCAUCACAUACAAAUGCAGCGGGCUAUCUGAAUACAAUGCAUUCUGGAGAUGUGUUCAAGCUGGGGCCACUUACCUCUUUGUACAGCUUUGCAAAAUGCUGUUUCUUGCCACAUUUUUUCCCACCUGGGAAGGAGGAGCUGGAGUAUAUGACUUUGUUGGGGAAUUCAUGAAGGCCACAGUGGACAUGGCAGAUCUGCUAGGACUUCACCUCGUCAUGUCCAGAAACGCUGGGAAGGGAGAAUACAAAAUAAUGGUGGCUGCUAUGGGCUGGGCCACAGCUGAGUUGGUUAUGUCAAGGUGCAUUCCUUUGUGGGUGGGAGCUCGAGGCAUUGAGUUUGAUUGGAAAUACAUCCAAAUGAGCUUUGACUCCAACAUCAGUUUGGUAAGUAAAGAUGCAUUUGUUUUGCUUAAUUGCUGUUUUGAUUAAGCAGCCA